AUGAUGCGAUCGGGCGCGCGCGGCGGCGAGGAGGAGGAGGACCGGAAGCCGGUGAUCAAGCCGGGCGUGCACGUGACGAUCAAGGUGCAGGACACGGAGGGGCGCACGGUGGAGCGCACCGUGCGGAGGUCGACGCAGAAGCUGCAGGUGGUCAUGGACGCCUACUACGCCAGCGUGCCGGACGUCACGUACGGCACGGGCAGGUUCCUGUACGACGGCGGGCGGCUGAGCGCGGGGCAGACGCCCGCGGAGCUCGAGAUGGAGGAAGGGGACGAGAUCGACUUCUUCACCGAGAUGUUGGGUGGCGGCGGUGCUGCUGCUGCGCUGCUGCUGAACGCCCGGUGAUUGCGUAGCUCGCUGCUUCGUACGCUUGCUUUUGGUAAAUCUGAAAAGUUAUUAUGCGUCGUUAUUACAUCGACGGCAGCUAGUAAUAUAUGUUGAAGCUUCGAGUGGUUUAUAACAUAAUCUGAUGAGAUUGAGGACCCAGCUUUUUUUUUCGUCCGUGAGAUGUGAACUCUUAUG